AUUUUUUUUUAAAUGCAUGCAGUUACUAAAAUGUUGUCCAUGGUUUUUCUGUUUCCAGAAUAGUAAACAAGGGAUAUUUCAGUUAUGGAGUUAUCCUCUUAACGAAGGAAGUACCAUGGAGAACAGGGAUUUCAAGAAGUCUGCAGUGGAAACUGGCUUUAAUGUAGCCAAUAAUCCCAUGAGGCUCUUCACUCUGAACCCCGCCCUGACAAGUGCUUCGGUCGAUAAGCAAGUUGGUUCUUACUCUGGCCUCCAGAUACCAUCGGGUCUCUGCUGGCCCUAUGCUGAUGGAGACUUUUUUCAGGACAGAAAUGAGCCUUAUGUUAAUUUAUGUUCAGCCAUGGAAAACAAUAAUGGUGAAAGUUUAUCUGCCCCAAAUUGGAAUUUGAAAUAUGGAAACAGCAGUGUGGAAGAAAACUUAACAGAUGAAAGUGAUUUAUCAGAAAAUGAAAAAGCAAAUGAUAGUUUGCUCAGCUAUUUUAAAAAGAUGGACCUGAACUUAAAGCCAGAAACAAUAGAAAAUGUUGAGGAAUCUUUCACAGAGGAACCAAGUGAAGUAUUUCCAUAUCCUGAUUUUCUCCCUUCUCCUUUCAAUACUCUGGACUUGCACAAAUUAGCCCUCUCAAAAUCUGAAAAUUGGAAAGCGACAGUGGAACCUCCCGAAAGCUCUAUUGAACAUUUGAUAACUCGUUUACUGGAAAUGGAAAGGUUACAACACAUGACUAUACAAAAAGAGAGGCCCAGACUUCAAACUACCUUCUGCACUCCAGCAGCUACUGAGCGACCCUUUUCCUCCAAAGCUAUCUCCAAAAUGAGACAACCAAAACUUUCGGACUCUUUGAGUCUUCAGACAACUUGUGUAGAUAAAAGUCGCGAAAAAAGAAAAAGCAGUUCUGGAUCUUGCAAGCUUGAACAAAAUGCUUCCAAAUGGAAUUGGAGCAAUGCCGGCAAUACAUACAAAUGGACUUCUAGACCACCGUCUCUAAAAAGUUCAUCUGCCACCAAACAAUUGAUGGCAACUUGUGAUGACAUUAGGAAUCUCAAAAGCUCCAUUUUGAAUCCAUGCCAAGAACUCUCAGCCAAGCCCACUACUUCCCAAACAACUCAAUCGUUGGUUAAGAUGGUCUCAACAAGAUGUCUGCCACCAAGGUCUCCAAUACCAGUUUCACCUACACCUCUCUCUUUUCCCGAAAAUCACAGAGAAGACAUUAAGGCACCAAGGACCAAAAAGAAACCUUAUCAAAAAAACAUAGAAUUGAACAAACCAUUCUAUAUUCAGAAGUUAAACUGUCUAUCGCCUUCCUUUGUAGGUAAGGAUAAGUGUUCACCCAUUGACCAAAAAUAACUUUUCUCUCCUGCAUCUCAAUGUGAGCAAAUCUAUUUCCAAGAAGCUUGGCUAAAAUACGGUUCAUCAUGCCGAGAUACAGGUAUUACACACAUGA